AUGUCGCAAAAACGAAAUUUCCCCAGCUCAGGCUCAGGAUAUUCACCAUACUCCAAGCGCGCCCGCUCUUCGUACGCAGAAGAUGAUCAGGACGACGAGGAAACGCAGAACUCGGUAACUCCAUACGAGAAACCUCGCAAUCACCCCGUCUUCGGGCAGAAAAGCGCCUUUCCCGGUCUCGAUACAGCUGAUGGCGAUGAACUCUUUUAUGGACCGGCGGAAGAUGGUUUAGAGUAUCUGAAAAUGGUCCGUUCCGAAGCCAACUCACUGCCUACGCUUUUCAACGCUCCCGUAGCGAUAGAACCACCGGUGGAAACAGCCGCAGUGACAGAUGCGUCCAAGGAUUACCGCGACCGAAACAAGCAAGACGAAAACGCCAACGACGAAGACGAGAAACCGAGCACCGCGAAGCAUGUCGCAGAAGGAAUCUUUUCUGAUGGCGUAUAUAUUGGCCUUGCGACAACAAAACCCGUCGCCGAGGAGAUCUUUACAGACGCCCAAGCAAGCUACUACAACCUGCUUCACCACCGAUUCCUUCUCCUACGGUCGAUUCUAAAAUGCACACCCCCAUCUGAAGCCAUAUCUGCGCUUGAUGACUCACACCCCAUCAGCUUUCCCCGGACAUCGAAGAAUGCGCAAAGAGAGUGGAGGCGCCUGUUGCAAGAGGUUGACCCUCAAACAGUACAACUUGCGUGCAUGGAUAUGGAUAGCGUUCUGGGAGUGUUGAUGAUCUUGGCGCGACUCAUAUCGGAGAAUGUACGGAACGGGGAUGCGGUUUUGGUUCGACGUAUUGGCGCCUGGGCUUGGGGACUCCUAGGAAAGUGUCGGGAUUCUGGGCAGUUGGGGGCCCGGGAUAUUGGAGAUAUUCGGGAGUUGGGGAAACGUGCUGUGAGAAUUCUCAAGAAGGUGAAAGAAGAACAGAGGGAAUUGUAUGAAGAAGAAGAAGAAGAAGACUAUGACUCCGAUGAUCAGAACACCAAGGACAAGGACGGAUCAUUGGGCGAUAAAGGGGGUGUAGCUGUCGAUGCCAACGUUCUUACCGACCCCCAGGACCCCUGUGCGGAGAAGAAAUCUGAUGCGGAGGGAUUGGAGCAGGCGAAAGCGCGACUCGAAGCGCGGAUCUCAGCAACCGGGAUCGAGCAGUCAUCUCGAGAGGAAGGAGAAAUACAAGCCCAAGUCGAGUUUGAUACGGCGGCUGUUGACGUGAGUACGCAGACUCGAGCAAUGCUGGAUAUGAUCAUCACCAUAAUUGGAGAGCAUUAUGGGCAGCGAGAUCUGUUAGAAGCGCGGGAAUUAUGGACUGAAGGGGAGCCAAUGCUUUUCUAA